AUGGGCAACAUCUGCUCCAAAUCCUCCAACCAACCGGACGCCUUCUCCUCCCCCGGUCGUGUCCUCGGCUCAGGCCCGAACCCCCCAGCAAAGGAUUCCUCUUCCGCCCCGCGCGCCCCGCUCCCCUCCAACGCCAAACCCGCCUCGAACUGGGGUUCUGGACCCUCUGGACGGACAUUAGGGUCGCCUGCUGCUGGGGAAGGUAAUGGGGAUGCGACUGCGGAUGCGAGGACCAAAGCUGCGUUGGCGGCACAGAAACGAGCCGAGUCCGCAUCUGCAGCCGGGAGUAAAGGAAAGCUAGGUACCAAGUUAGCGGCGCAGAAGGCGCAGACGCAGAAUCAGACGUUGAAUGAGGCUAGUCGGGAUGAGGUGGCUGCUAGGGACGCCGAUGGGGCGGCGGAGGCGAGGAGGUGGCAGUAG